AGAGACAGGGAUUCACCAUGUUGGCCAAGAUGGUUUUGAACUCCUGACCUCAAGUGAUCCGCCCACCUCGGCCUCCCAAAGUGCUGGGAUUACAGGCGUGAACCACCUCGCCUGGCCUGAAAGAACUUUCUGAAGGCCCCACAUUAAGGAAACAUUUGCUGGGGCCCCAAACCCCACCAUCAGGCCCACCCACACCAGCAGCUGGCCUCAGGGAGGGAGGGAACUGCUCUCUACACAAAAAUGGUUUUGAAAAUAACCCAGCCAAAGGGGAAUUGCUUCAUCCGUUGCACAUUCACUUCUCCCUUUCACUGUGCAAUUGAAGAAAAACAAGGUGAAGCAGGAACCGACUCUCACCAUCACCACUCCCACCCCCAUGAAUUCCAUCGGACACUCUUGUGCGACAGCGGACUGGCUCUGGGUGCUGGCCUCCAACCAUUGGUGGACUGUCCGUCCUGUGAGCCCCCCAGGGGCCGAUGCCCUCCCACUCUGCCUGCUCUGUUCUUAGCAUAGCCCCUGAGCCCCCGUGGGAUCUCAGGAAAUACUUGCUAAACAUAGUAGCGGAGGAGAAACGGAGCCCACAGCUUAGUGCAAAGACCCGGCGGCGUGGACUGAGGCUGCAGAAACGCAGAAACGCGCUUUUCCUGCUAGAAGGGGACAUCCGCGUGGUCGGGAGUACCUCUGGGGCACGUGCCCUAAUUCCAGAAACAUCUAAGCAGGAGCGCAGUGGCACUGUAAUAGCUUACUGCAACCUUGAACUCCUGGCUUCAAGUGAUCCUCCCGUCUGGGCCUCCCAAAGCUCUGGGAUGACAGGUAUGAGCUACCGCUAUCAGCCACAACCGGGUUUUAAGAGCACUCCUCCAGCCCACUCCAGUGUCUUCCAUCAUUCUGUGCAAGUACCAAAAGAGGACCAAGCCCAGGAAGCCGCCAGCAGGCCUCUCACCAGCCAAGAUGGCUGGAAUCCUAAUAUCAAGAAAUGAAACUCCAGCAGGCCAUGGAAAUGCUAAGGGGUUGGCAUUUCUGCUCUAGAGAGAGCCAAAGAGAAAGCUCUAUUUAUAUCUCCUUGCGUUUGGUCGCAGCCUCAUCAACCAAAAGAACCUUCCGCCCCACUCAACACAUCAAUCAAAUUGGGGAGGGGUGUGAAUGGCAGCAGCGGGUGUUACAGAGGAGUCUCAAGGGUAUCUUAGAGGAUGCCUCUGAAAAGUCGUCCCCUCCAAAUCCCCCCAAGAUAAUUACUAGGAUAUUCUCCUUACCCCGCCAGCAACGGCACCCCCAGAUGAUUAAACGCGCUGGCGUCGGAAAGAGCUGGGAUUCUGGAGGAGCUACUUGUAAACUGUGUGGGUUGGUGAGUUAUUUAACUUUUCUGAGCCUUCAUUGCCUUAACUGUAAAAUGAAGACAACACCACUCAGUUCCUACGGUUGUCCAACUGAAAUCACCUAGGUAAGAACGACCAGUUCUUUGGGGAGUAAUGUCCUAUGGUACCGUUCAAUUGACAAGAACACCAAGGCACCGUCAAGCACUCCUGGAAGAAAGCAGGGGGUUAGCCCUUGGUCUUAAAGGCCCCAGGGAGCAGUAAACCUUCCCCUCCGAGAGCCCUGAGUGAGGAAAAUAGCCCCUUCCCACUCCAACCCACGGCACACCCGCCCCACAUCCACGCGCGGCUGUGCCCAGCAUUUCAGAGGUGGGACUUCUCAGGAGGCAGAGGGAAGGCCCCCUUAAUGGAGUCUGGUGGGGUUCAAGAUCCGCAGGUCCCUCCUUCCAGGGAACACCUACACCAAGUGAGAGCUGGCCCAUCAGCUCCGCGCUCCAUCCGCAAACUGGGCAGAUCCCAGGGGGGCCACGCGAGGAACCUGCAUCUUGGCCGCUCCAGGGCGCCCCCCACCCGCGACCCCGGAAAUCUCGCCCCUACCUGCUUCACUCUCGCCCCACCCAGAGCGCACUUUCGGGACCUCCCAGCGGCCCUUCCCCGGUUCUCUGGACCCCCGUCUUCCCGCCCCGCAACGCCCCCAUCCUGGUGCCCACGAAAGGUCGUGCCAGUUCCCCUCUUCUCUAUCUCAGAGGAAGAGGUGCAGAUGAGGAAGCCUAAAUAAAAACAGGAAACUCGAUUUUUUUAAAAAAGCCUCA